UUUUGUUUUAUAAAACUCUGAACUGGCUUAGUGACAGAGGGUAAUAGGAUAAGUUUUAUGGUAACAUUAAAAUUGCCAUAAUAAGGUGAUUGAAGCAGUGCUAGUAGGGGCAGAGAGUCAGAAAAGUAAAAUUGCUAAACCUUGUCAAUAAUUUGAAGUAACAUUUAUUGUAUUUGUAACUGUAUUGUCAUUAUAUGUGUUACAUGUACAGCUUAAGUCUGUAGAGGUAGCUGCUGGGACAAAGCCAGAAACUGGUUUGUCGUCCAGUCACAUUCCUGUCACAUCCUCUUUCUUACUCUGCUGCAGAUCUGACUGUUAACGCUAAAAACAACACACUCUGACACGGCACCACUGUAUUUAUUUUUUUUCCACUCAUGGAGGCGUGGGCUUUUGUCAUGUCAAGCUUCAUAAUGUGCUCCACUCACCUCUAAUACAUCAUUGUUGUCACGUCAAGCCAACAGGUUAGAGACAGAGAUUGAAAGACAAAUUAUAUACUUUAAAAGCUAGACAGCAGGCAUGAAGAUCGCUUCAUUCAAUGUUCAGAGAUUUGGGAUAUCUAAAGUUUCUAAACCAGAUGUCCUCUCAACACUAGUAAAGAUAGUGUCUCGAUAUGACAUUAUACUGAUUCUGGAGGUGGUGGAUGUGAGUGGUGCCUCUGUCAAACUGUUUUUGGAAGAAUUGAACAGAGUCUGUACAACCCACCACUAUACACUCCAACUGAGUGCCCGUCUUGGGAGGACACGCUACAAAGAGCAGUUCCUCUUUCUAUACAGGGAUGACGUAGUGACUUUGAUUGACAGUUACCAGUAUGAGGACAAUCAAGCCAACGAUGUGGAUGCUUUUGCCCGAGAGCCGUACAUCCUUCACUUCAAACCCCACAAUACUGUACUGAAGGACAUAGUGCUGAUACCAGUGCAUACUACUCCAUGGGACUCUGAGAAAGAGCUUGAUGAACUGUAUGAUGUCUUCCUGGUGGUCAGAGACAAGUGGAAAACUGAUAACAUAAUGAUCCUGGGGGAUUUCAAUGCAGAUGGAGCUUACCUCUCAAAGAAAAAGAUGAGAGACAUUCGGAUUCGCAGUGACAGAAAGUUUCACUGGCUGAUCGGAGAUGAAGUAGACACCACUGCUAAUGUUUCCAAUAACCACACCUAUGACCGGAUUGUGGUUUAUGGUGAUGACAUGUUGGAGGCUAUAGUCCCAAAUUCAGCCAAGCCUUUUAACUUCCACAAAGAGUUUAGGAUGACUGAAGAAAUGGCGUUAGACGUCAGUGAUCAUUAUCCUGUUGAGGUUGAAUUACGAAGCUUGACUUGGUCUCAAGAAACUCAACAAAAACCCAUUUCAGCCACAGAAGCGUUACAGAUGGAAGUGUUACAGAUACAAAAGGAAAACCUGUUACUGGAGAGAGAGAAACUCCAGCUCCAGAUAAGUUUACUCAAACAGCGACUUGCCAAAACACACCUCAGGAAUCAUGAAGAUUGAAUUAUAAAGACAAUGUUAUAGUCUACAUAACAUUUCAUUUUUUUUAACCUUUUAUUUGAUCUUUUUUGGUUGUAGUGUUCUUAGCAUUUUUACAUUUUAUACUGCAAUAAACUACAGAUUUCCUGUUUUCCUGUUCAAUUAUUGUCCCAAUAAAUUUAAGUCAAUUAACUGAGCUCUGUGCACAAAAGCACCCUGCAACCUCACUGUUAGUGUCACUACUUCCUGCCCAAUUGUCUAUGGGAGCUGCGGGUGGAUGUCA